AUGAACGCAGCUCGCCAAGUCAUCUCCCGCCGCGUUGUCAGCGGCAUGGGUCCCAGGCUCACCACACCCGCCCGAUAUGCUUCAACAAGUGUGGAGCAUCAGGGGCUGGCACCCCAUGAUAGACAGUUAAUGCGCAGUGUUUUCACUGCAGGGACAGUGGCCGUCGCUGGAGGCGUGGCGUACGGCGCGGCCAGAUCUGGAGGUCGAGUAGGCAACCGGUUCAUGAAGAGGAAUUCGACGCUGGAUAGCUCCAAGUGGUUUGCAGAAGGUUCUGAUACCAGCCGUCUCUUCAGCGGUAGCCAUUAG